UAUAUGUCGGUCAAACAAAAUCAAAAGAAAGUCUUUCAAGUUGUACACGAGUGGGCGGAUUUACCAACCAAUCACCAUCUCCAUUUCUAUACCAUCCUUCUUAAUUUUAAUUUUAAUUUUAAAUUUUAUUUUCUCUUCAUUCCCAGCCGUCUUAAACCAUACUCACUAUUUACUCUCUCUCAGAGUCUCAGGAUUUAAUUUUUAUUUAAUUAAAUAAUUAAAAAUAAUGGAUACAAAGGCUAAUUUGGAUCAAUUAGUAGUCACUGCAAAUCUUUCUGUAAAGAAAUUGGAUAAAAAUGUCGCUGUUAUGGAAACCGACAACGUUGUUGAUCUGCCGUCGACUCCUUUGAGUCCCAUAACUCCAGAUUCGAAUAAAGAAAAUUCGGAUUUGGUGUCUAGCUUUAUGUCCCCAAUGUCGUUGGCAUCUUUGCCUGCGAGCAUGGGGGUGUAUAUGAACGAAGAUAGUGAUGACACCCCGGGUACCCCAAAAGACUCUGUUUUUGACCCGUUUGCUCCUGGGCCCGAUAAGAUGGUACUGGCACCUGUUUCCAUGAAAUAUUUUGAAGAAUCACGGAAUUAUGUUGCAAGGAGGCUGAAUUUUAAUUCUGUUAUGACGAAAAAGGACUGUGAGAAGCGUGCAGGUGUCGUUGAGCGUUGUAUUGAGGAUGAUCUGUUGUUGGAGGCUGUUUAUGAUUCUCUUUUGGAAGUUAUUAUUUGUAAGCAGGCAGAGGAUAUGGUUGCUGAGAUGUCAGUUUUCGUUGACUCGAGUCCUGAUGCAGUCAAGACUCCGCCUUUUGCCACUCGGCUUACUGGUAUUGCAGACGCUUGCCCUGGUGCUCCUUUGAAAGCAGGUAAGAAAUCAAGAAAGAUUGAUCUCGGGUUGUGCAGAAAGCUUGAGUUUGAUUUAUAAGUAAUGAACAUAAUAUUAUCUCAUUCGGGUAUUAUUUAAAGUUGGAUAAUUUGUAGUGAUAACUAAUUAAAGGCUAACCUUGUUUUGCUUCUAGAGUUAGUUAUAGCUUUUGGCUAGGAUUAUCGGCGAGAAUGCAACUGAUUAUUACGAUCUAUAUAUGUACUAAUUCAAUUUCAGAUUGUUGUUUUGUA